GGUCCACUCCAUUUCUCUCUACAUUAACUCUUCUUCUUCUUCAUCAUCUUCCUCAUGAAAUCCAUGGAUUUAGCUUACUUUUACAUGUAUAUAAAUAAAUAUUAUGUAAUCUUGUAAGGACUAUACAGUACUACUACACUAAUGUUUUGUUUUUAAAUAGAUAUUUAAAUAUUGAUAUUUGGUCUGCUAUUGAUUGGGUGCAAGUACUAGUUUGUUUUUAGAGAGAGAGAUGGGUCAUCAUUCUUGCUGCAACAAACAGAAAGUUAAGAGAGGACUGUGGUCACCAGAGGAAGAUGAGAAACUUAUCAGCUACAUUUCAACCUAUGGCCAUGGUUGUUGGAGCUCUGUUCCUAAACUUGCUGGAUUGCAGAGAUGUGGAAAAAGCUGCAGAUUAAGAUGGAUUAACUAUCUGAGACCUGAUUUAAAACGUGGAAGCUUCUCUCCUCAAGAAGCUGCUCUCAUUCUUGAACUCCAUAGCAUUCUAGGCAACAGAUGGGCACAGAUAGCUAAGCAUUUACCAGGAAGAACAGACAAUGAAGUGAAGAAUUUUUGGAAUUCAAGCAUAAAAAAGAAGAUAAUUUCCCAUGAACAUGUUCCAUCUUUAGCCACUUUUACUGAUCAUAUUGUUCAUAACCCUAAUGCUUCUUCUGAUCAAGAAUCUGCAGCUUUCUUCUCUCUCACUACAAACCCUAAUUUCAUCUUGACCACUACCACUACUUCUACUACCCAUCAUCAUCAAGAAACUGACCACCUUUAUCAUCUUCCUAAUUCCCCAACUUCAAUGCUUCAAAAUAUUGGUCAAGAUUUCAAAUUCAGCCAGUUACCAAAUUCUUACAAUCUUGAUUUAUCUCAUUUGGCUCCUCAUCAGUUAAUUCCUCCACAAGUAAUAAACCAAAACCCUAAUGCUAAUUCAUCAUCUUCUUCAUUUGAUCAUUCAAUGUGGGCAGUGCCUUAUAAUCAUCAAGAUGAUCAAAUUUUGAGCAACAAUGGUUCAGUAGUCGGUCCAUUACAUUACAUUGGUGAUCAUAAUAAUAAUCAAAGUGUUGGAGUAAUGGGUGGUUAUGAUCAAACUCAAGAAAUGGUGUUGCCUAUGAUGCCAAAACUUUGUGAGAUAAUUGAAGGGAAUAGUAUCAUUAGCAGUACAAGUAUUUGCUGUUUUCCAUCAUCAUCAUCAUCGGGGUGUUACGCACAUGACCCGCACGUGACUGCGAAUCAAAUGGAGUACAUUGAUGUUUUAAUGUCAUCACUGCCCUCAUCUUCCUCGUCUUCGUCGCCGUUAUCGCCAUUUUCAAAUGCGCAAUUUGGUGCAAACCCUAGCAGCAACACCACCACCAAUAAUAAUAAUAAUGUUGCUUCAAGGUGCUGCAGCUGGGAAAAUGCCUAGGGAGAUUUAUGUUUGAGGUGGGUAUUAAUUGUUUUUAUGGAUUUAUAUAAUUGAAUUUGAUAGAAAUGCAAUUAUUUCCUGAAAUAUGCAUAAGAUGGUGAGAUUCAACUGUUAUUGGAAAACCUAAAUGUUACUAGUUCAGGUUCUUCAGUGAGUAAUACUUACUGAGGUUUCAUAAAUAUAUGUGUAGGCUCUUUUGACA